GUUCAGGUCUGUCAGUAUGUGGCCUUGGGUGGAGUUGUGGUCACUGAAUCACAAUCCAAAGUCAGAUGAUGUAUGUUUAAUUCUAUGUAACACUUCUGUGUGAAAAGUUCAGCUGAAACUGAAACCAAUAAGCUUCCAUGGUUUCAGCUGCCAUCUAGCGUCCGCCUGCAUUUUCAGAACUUAUCAUAUUAUCCAGGUAAACGGGAUCGAUUGGUCGAGUCUGCGCAGGUAAUGUAGGAAGAGCAGAGGCCACAUCUGUUGGUGGUAAACAAAGAGGUGUUUUAGAAGUACUGGAUUUUUAUUUGAACUCUCCGUGGACUAGUAGAGCUGUAUUUCACUGUACUUUUGACUGUAAACAAUGAGCUGCGGAAAACUUAGUCAUUGGAAGCUGCUGAACACAGCUGUUGUUUGUGACUGUCGGUGAAAGUUCCCUGACUCAUCUAAUCAGCGUCGAGGUUCGGACACGUCUCCUCUGCUCUUUUAUGUAGCUUUCAUUUUGUUGCUGUUCACUUUUUCAACAUUUUGGGACACUUUUUUCCCUAGGUGAAGUAAAAUAUAGACAUAGUGCUGGUUGGUGAACAUUAAGUGUUUGAAGGAACAGGGUAUGUGUGUUUGACAGUACUCUGCCCUCUGGACUGACAAUUCAUGCCCCGCCCGGUGUUAGCGCGCAGGUGCACAUAUUAUGGCCAUGUUUUUUCAUCUGUUCAUACUCCUCCAACUUCUGUCAUAUGGAGAUCUGGCCUGUAUGAGGAGGCUGUUGACCACAGAUGAAGGAGACCAAGAAGUAUUUGUAGAUCAGGGGGACGCAAACUCGUUCCUGGGUCGCCAUCUACUGUUCAACCGGUUCGACUUUGAGAUUUUUGUGCCUGGAAAUCUGGAGAGGGAGUGUUAUGAAGAAGUCUGCAAUUAUGAGGAAGCGAGGGAGGUCUUUGAAAGCACCCAGGAUACAGAUGAUUUCUGGGAAAAAUACAUUUCAGAUAAGGACAAGCGCUCUCGGGUAGACGUGACCUCUCUGUUAGUGGGACUGAUUGCUGCUGGAGUGACCAUUGUUAUUGUCGGCCUCCUGCUCUGGUAUUUCUGUCAAGGAAAAUGCAAGGAUGACUUAAGCCGGGCUAGCUCCAUUCGGGCUCGACCCAGGAGAAGUAACGCUUCUCUAAUAAUGCGACGCCUAGAGGAGGUGUCCUUACAACCUGUGGUCCCCCCUGCACCCCCACACCUGGUGGAGGAAAUGGACCCUCCAGGGCUGCCAUCCUAUGAGCAAGCGAUAGCAAAAAGUGGACAACACGACGCCCCACCUCCUCCUUAUCCUGGCUCAAGAGCUGGAAGCAUUCGGCGAUAGUAUACUCAGAACAUCCUAUCAGCAUGUCUGCAAACAUUAAACAGACAGCUCAGUUAUAUACUGUGCUGCAUUGCUCAAUGUUGUAUAACUUUUUUUCAUCAUCACAAGAUUUGAAAAACACUUUGGUGCCUUGUGGUUAUUGCUCUGAUUAAGCUUUCUUUUGUACAUUUGUAUUACCUCUGGUUUGUCAGUGUGCCUUUUCUUUAGCAGUUUGAUUUUGUCCUUUUUUUUAACAAUCUUUUUCUCAAACAUGUCCUCUACUGACCAAUGUCUCAGCUGUGGUUACGCUCUGUAAUGUAACCACAACUCUGUGUUGAAUAAGCUUUACAAUACCCAGUUUGCUGCUCUUUUUUAAAUGAAAAUGAAGAAUUAUUAACGUUGACGUCAGAGCUUUAAGUUAAGAGUAUUUGAGCCUUUAGGGGUGUGUUGCUUUUGAUCACAGCAUUGAAGGGCUGAGAGUAAGAUCAGAGGGAUGUUUCAUUAUAUGAUAAGUAUUAAUCAGAAUGAAGAGCGAUAGACAGCUGUACAAAGCUGUACAGCUUUCUGUCUCCUGUAGAAGGAGAGAAAUAAAAUGCAAUACAGUUUUUGAUGAUAGUAUGGUUUAUGUUUUUAUCAAGACAAUGUUUUUAAGGAUAACACAAGUAUUUUGAAUGCUCUGUCUAACUAGCUUGCUUCAUUUAGAUUAUGUUUGAAAUGUUAAUCAUCAUCCUUUAGCCUUUAUUUUUACAUGCAGAUGAUCCAUUAGUUCCACUGUAAUUUAAUUAAAACUAUGUUUUUCCAAUUAUGAAGUGAUAUGAAAACACAGGUGAGAGGUCUUCAUGGAAGGUUUCCCAUUGUUUUAUAUUGACAGAGAACAUUUUACAUCAUGGAUGAAAGUGAUACCUGCAGUAUGACAACUAAACAUGGUUAUAUUUUUAAUGUAAAGGAUGCAGCAGAAUAGUUUGUCUGACACAUCAAAAUAAUGUCAUACACUGAAUUGUAAUGUGACUGAUCAUGAACAGAAUCUUGUCGAUUCCAGGGACUUAUUAUACAAUGUAAAACAGUAAACAAGUUAUAAUCAAGGUAUCACGAUGAGAUCAUGCAAAGUCAUUUGCUGAUCUGAAGCAUUUCUACCUGAAUUGAAAACUUUUCUUUUUCAAUAAAAAUGAUAUUUUGAUAUUUU